CUGGUCGAGAUCAAUGGAUUUCGGUCGCAGGAGCGUGUUUUUGUGAAAAAUGAAGAAAGACGAAGAAAAUGGAUAGUUAAUUCUCGUCGAGAUCAAUGGAUCCCGGGCCCAGGAGCGUAUCUUUGUGAGGUACAUUUUGAAGAAAAUCAAUUUGAAUGCUCUAGGCAAGAUGGGCGUAAAAAACUCAAGCCCAAUGCUGUGCCAACUCUUUUCAAUGUGCCUAAUCCCCCACAACUGUUGACCCCACAGCGUCUAAAAGGCAUUGGUUUACCAAAGCACCGUUCAGUUACAUCCAAUUUUUGUAAUGGUGGCUUGCUGCACAGUUUACCUUUAUCAACUGAAGCGAUUUCUGUUGCUGAACCAUCUGUUAUUCAUUUGCAACAACCUUCAGCUUCAUAUUUUGGAGAAAUAAAUUUUGCUGCCGAAGUAUUUGAUGUUUGUUUGCAAGAACAAGCUUCAACUUCAUCUUGUGAUAAAAUGCCAUCUAUUUGUGAAGGAUCUCAUGUUUGUUUGCAAGAACAGCCUUUAGCCUCAUUUUGCAAUGAAAUACCAUCUAUUUGUGAAGGCUCUGAUGAUGUUCUUUUAAGGAAUUUUAUAAAACAGCAGACUGAAUUGAUCUCGCUUCUGCAAUGCCAGAACAAAAUAUUACUGAAAGAACUUACAGCAACCAAAAAAAAAAAAAAAAAAAAAAAAAAAAAUGAAAUUAAUGUUUUAAAAAAAUGGCAUAGCACUGAAAUUCAACUUCAUGACCUUCAAGUACAGCAUGAGGAAUUGCUGAAAGGAGUGAAAACAUUUCAUUCAGAUGAACAAAUAGCAAUGUUGAAAAUUCCUCGUAGAAGCAUUGCAAAAUGGUCUAACGAGGGAAUAAUAAAAAAGGCCUCAAAGUUAGAUUUGCCUUGGGCAAGCAUGGUUAUAAUUACUUGCACAGAAUAG